GUUUGGCGGCUCCGAGCCCGGCGCGCCUCGGAAUCGAGGCGCAUUUGUUUCCUCCUGGCUUCCGCGCGCCCGCCUUGGCGGGGACCCUCGGGAGCGAUGCUGAGGGAUGUGAUUUUAGUUGUGUGCUUCUGCGUGUGCACCGCCAGGACAGUCACGGGCUUUGGGCUGGACCCUGACCUUCAGAUGGAUCUUAUCACUGAGCUCGACCUUGUGAACACCACCCUUGGAGUCACUCAGGUGUCCGGACUGCACAACACCAGCAAAGCAUUCUUAUUUCAAGAUAUAGAAAGAGAGAUCCACGCAGCCCCUCACGUGAGCGAGAAAUUAAUCCAGCUCUUCCGGAAUAAGAGUGAGUUCACCUUUGUGGCCACCGUGCAGCAGAAGGCGUCAACUUCAGGAGUGAUACUGUCCAUCCGAGAGCUGGAACACAGCUAUUUCGAACUGGAGAGCAGUGGUCUGAGGGAUGAGAUUCGCUAUCACUACAUGCACAGCGGGAAGCCCAGGACCGAGGCACUUCCCUACCGGAUGGCCGACGGGCAGUGGCACAAGGUUGCACUGUCGGUCAGUGCUUCUCACCUCCUGCUCCAUGUCGACUGCAACAGGAUUUAUGAACGUGUGAUAGACCCUCCUGAGACUAACCUUCCCCCAGGAAGCAGUUUAUGGCUUGGUCAGCGCAACCAAAAGCAUGGUUUAUUCAAAGGAACUAUCCAAGAUGGGAAAAUCAUCUUUAUGCCGAAUGGAUACAUAACACAGUGUCCGAACCUGAACCGCACUUGCCCAACUUGCAGUGAUUUCUUAAGCCUGGUGCAAGGAAUAAUGGAUUUACAAGAGCUUUUGGCCAAGAUGACUGCAAAACUAAACUAUGCAGAGACAAGACUUAGUCAGUUGGAAAACUGUCACUGUGAGAAGACGUGUCAAGUGAGUGGACUGCUCUAUAGAGACCAAGACUCCUGGAUGGAUGGUGAUCAGUGCAGGAACUGCACGUGCAAAAGUGGUGCUGUGGAAUGCCGAAGGAUGUCUUGUCCUCCUCUCAGCUGCUCCCCAGACUCCCUCCCUGUGCACAUUGCUGGCCAGUGCUGUAAGGUCUGCCGACCAAAAUGUAUCUAUGGAGGGAAAGUCCUUGGUGGAGUUUUAGUAAAAAUUACAGAAGCGUGCCCUCCUUUGAACUGCUCGGAAGAGGAUCACAUUCUCCCGGAGAAUCAGUGCUGUAGUGUCUGCAGAGGUCAUAACUUUUGUGCUGAAGGACCUAAAUGUGGUGAAAACUCAGAGUGCAAAAACUGGAAUACAAAAGCUACCUGCGAGUGCAAGAAUGGUUACAUCUCUGUCCAGGGAGACUCCGCCUACUGUGAGGAUAUAGAUGAGUGUGCGGCUAAGAUGCAUUACUGUCACGCCAAUACUGUGUGUGUCAACCUGCCCGGGUUAUAUCGCUGUGACUGUGUCCCAGGAUACAUUCGCGUGGAUGACUUCUCUUGUACAGAGCACGACGAGUGUGGCAGCGGGCAGCACAACUGCGAUGAGAAUGCCAUCUGCACCAACACUGUCCCGGCACACAGCUGCACCUGCAAACCGGGCUACGUGGGGAACGGGACCACCUGCAGAGCAUUCUGUGAAGAGGGCUGCAGAUACGGUGGAACAUGCGUGGCUCCUAACAAAUGUGUCUGUCCUUCUGGAUUCACAGGAAGCCACUGCGAGAAAGACAUUGAUGAAUGUGCCUUAAGGACUCACACCUGUUGGAAUGAUUCUGCCUGCAUCAACCUGGCAGGGGGCUUCGACUGCCUCUGUCCCUCGGGACCCUCCUGCUCUGGUGACUGUCUCCAUGAAGGAGGACUGAAGCGCAACGGGCAGGUGUGGACUCUGAAAGAAGACAGGUGUUCCGUCUGCUCCUGCAAGGAUGGGAAGAUAUUCUGCCGACGGACACCUUGUGAUUGCCAGAAUCCAAGCGUUGACCUUUUCUGUUGCCCAGAGUGUGAUACCAGGGUCACAAGUCAAUGUUUAGAUCAGAAUGCACACAAGCUUUAUCGAAGCGGAGACAACUGGACUCACGGCUGUCAGCAGUGCCGGUGUCUGGAAGGCGAGGUGGAUUGCUGGCCACUCACUUGCCCCAGUUUGGGCUGUGAGUACACAACCAUCUUGGAAGGGGAGUGUUGUCCCCGCUGUGUCAGUGACCCCUGCCUGGCUGAUAACAUCGCCUACGACAUCAGAAAAACUUGCCUGGACAGCUAUGGCCUUUCGAGGCUUAGCGGCUCAGUGUGGACAAUGACCGGAUCUCCCUGUACAACCUGCAAAUGCAAGAAUGGAAGUGUCUGCUGUUCUGUGGAUCUGGAGUGUCUUCACAAUAACUGAAGUAUUUUAAAUGGACUCAUCACUGCGAGAGACAAAUGGACUAAAUAAACCAUCCAACAUAAUGAAGAACAGGACUUGAUUUUUUUUUUUUUUAAACCACAGACGAUUACCAAAGUAUCCAUUGAAGGAAGGGGUUCGGGGGUUGCCUCUCAGACCUACCAUGUUGCUCAUUCUUGCUAACCUAGUCUAGGUGACCUACAGUGCAGUGCAUUUAAGUCUAUGGUUGUUAAAAAAAAAAGUUUCCCGUGUUGUAAGUCACAUGUUUCCCUUAUCAGAUCAUUUGCAAACACGUUUAAAUGCUCUCAUGGUAAAUGUUGAUGUAUUUUUUGGUUUAUUUUGUAUACGAACAUAAGAGAGACUCAGCUACUUUUAUUUAUUUUUUUUCUGGAUUUUUGGAUCAAAUUCUACAAAUAAAGUUGCCUGUUGUGGUUUUGUCCCAUCCACUGCAUACUUAGAUCCCUGUGAAAUGCAUUGAUAAAUAUAUGUAUGUAGAGCCUAACUGCAUCUGACUUACACUUCAAACUAUUGAACACAUCCCAGAUGCCCACUCAUUUAGCUUACAUCAGCUGAAAGCAAAUAUGGUAUGUUAAAGACCACAAACAUAAUUUAAAAAAACCUUCUCCCCUUGGCAAACAAAAUCUUAAGCCACAAUUUAGAAGCAACAACGUUUACAACCUUUCUUCUGGCAUUGAAAGAGAAAGUAUCUUUGCAUCAGUUUUAUACAGUAUUUGAUAACUUACAAGGGACUUCCAGGUCUAUGAAUAUAAGCUGUCAUUAUAGCACAGGAGCACUGUAUUAUUCCUACUUUACAGAAAAGUAAAUUAAUGUAACCCAGUCCACCUAUUUUUUCAGAUUUAAUUGAUUUAUGGCACACUGGGAUUGGUAACCAAGUCUCAUAAUGCCUGCCCAAUGAUAUUUUCCACUAAACCAUUCAACCUCAUAUGGUAGAGGAUACACUUUUUAAAAAGAUACUUUUAUGCUCAGGAGUUAUUUUAGAACACCAAAUGUCUUCAUUUGAGUCACUACCAUAUUUUUGAGUUGGCAGUUACUGAGUUACACCGAAUGAGUAAAUGUGCAAAUGACAUUAUAUCUGAGCUGAGAAAUCAAACUUAGGUUGUAGUUUCAAAUGAACUACAUCGUAAUAGUUUGUAACACCUAAGGCUCCUGAAUUCAUCAUUAUUCUCAGUCAAGUUGGCUCAUGAAUUUUUGUUCACAAAAUCAAAACAUCAAAAAAGACCUAAGAUGUUAAGUCAGUCAUGCUAAAAAUAUUUCAAAUGCCCAAUAUUAAUAGAACUAUUAAAGAUUACAAGUUCA